AAAUAAUUAAGGGGUUAAGGACUUUUCUGAAGUAUAUGAGUUUUCUAAACAAAGUAAAAUAUCAGAAGGUUCUAAGCUUAUGGUUCGCCAUGCACACUUACUAGACUGUCUCAUUCUAUCACUGAGUGCUGAGGAGUGCUCCAGAAUGUCACCAGACCUGCUCUGCGCUCUCAGCCAGAAUCAUAAAUAACACACUGUCUGGCAGUUGGUAUUGGCAGUUGCUUUGUGGAUAAGAAGCUUUGCUUUCUGUGAGGAUGGAGGAGAGAGCAGCAUGGUUAUAUUCGCCUGUUACUCCUGCUGGGACUUGGAUGAAACACUGGCUGUUCGUUCACUGUAGGUCUAAACACUCACUGGAGGAGGCGGCUCAAAGUGACCACUGGCCAUCUCACCCAUUUUGCACCAGAAAGAGACUCAUGGUGGCCCUUCUGGUCAUCCUGGUCUUGGUUGCCAUGGUGCUGCUUCUGCUGCUGAAUUAUUAUUGUAUUAUGGUCUGGCAUCUGUGUAAACAGGAAGAGGAGUACCCUGUUCUCCCGAUGAGCACUACACCAGAGCUGGAAAAUCAGGAAUGACUUUGAAUGAGAGCAAUGCGGAACAGAGUGGGUGGUCAGGGUGGCAUUUGCUCCUCCACCAUCAGAAUUACAACAGUCAGACCCCAGCUCCACUGAUGGAUAAACCGUGCUGCAAGUUUGUUGUCUCAGGGACGCUCCUUCUGUUUGGAAUUGUGUCUAUUCUACUCCUUACUGUAUCUGUAGAUGAAAUAAAAGAACCCCCAGAGUACAUGUAUGGAAUUGUUCUGGAUGCAGGCUCCUCACACACUGCAAUGCACAUCUACAGAUGGCCGGCAGACAAGCUGAACGGCACAGGUGUGGUCACCCAGCACAGCGAGUGUCAUGUUAAAGGAGGGGGAAUCUCAAGUUAUGCUGGGCAGAAUGGUGCAGCAGGCCGCAGCCUGGAGGGGUGCUUGAAACAGGCCAUGCAGGACAUUCCCAAAGAUCGACAUCACAGCACACCUGUAUAUCUAGGAGCCACUGCUGGUAUGCGACUUCUGAAUUUUACCAAUCCUGAGAAAUCAGCUAAGGUUCUUCAAAACGUAGGCGAAAAAAUAAAAUCCUUUCCAUUCAGCUUUCAAGGAGCAGUUAUUUUGAGUGGUCAAGAGGAGGGAGCCUAUGGCUGGAUCACUGUAAACUACCUGCUUGAAAACUUCAUAAAGUAUGGCUACGAGGGCAGUUGGCUUAAUUCUGGCAGAAAAACAGUGGGAGCACUGGAUUUGGGAGGGGCGUCUACGCAGAUCACCUUUGAGACCCCAGAGACGAUUGAGGACACGGAAAACCACAUGACCUUGCGUCUCUACGGGCAGGAGUAUUCUCUCUACACACACAGUUACUUGUGUUAUGGUAAAGAAGAAGCCCUGCGCAUGAUAUUGGCGAACCUCGUUAAAUUACAGGGUAAUACAAGUGUGGUGUACCAUCCCUGCUACCCAUCUGACUUUGCUGAAUUCUUAAAGCUGGAGAAAAUAUUUGACUCAGCUUGCACAGAGCCAUUGAGACCUAAACCUUACAACCCUCAUUCCUGGAUCAGAGUGCAAGGCACCGGGGACUAUGCCAGCUGCCUUGGCAACACUUCUACAAUAUUUAUCUUCAACCUCUGCCCCUUUUCUCAGUGUUCCUUUAAUAGAGUUUUCCAGCCCAACAUCAGUGGGGGUUUCAUGGCCUUCUCUGCCUAUUUCUUCACUUACAGUUUUCUCCAGCAAAGUACAGGGAUAAAGAUCAGCACCUCUACUCAGCUACAAGAAGCUACCCAGGCUGUGUGUAACAUGACCAUAGAUGAGAUGACCAACAAAGCUCCCGACUUGAAAAAAUACUUAAAGGAAUAUUGUGCAGUUGCAGUGUAUAUGCAAGUGCUGAUGCUGAGAGGUUACCACUUUGAUGAGCGUUCCUUCCAAAAUGUUGCUUUCCAGAAAAAGGCAGGUAAAGCAUCUCUGGGAUGGGCACUGGGUUAUAUACUCAGUGUUAGCAGCCUCCUUCCAGAGGAGACUGUGGGGAUCAGGAAAGGCUUGUACCCUGGAGCAUGGAUUGGCCUGUUGGUUCUCCUAAACCUUCUCUUUUUUGCCACCCUCUGUUACAUUGCUUUUCUAGUAUUUCAUAUGAAUAGGAGUAAUGAUGUCUCAUAGCAUGCAAUUAUUUCUUUGUCCCAUAUUUUUCCAUUUGUGCAGAAUAUUUUCGAAAAAUGCCUCACAGAGAGUAUUGUUUCAUAAUAACAAAGCAUUUCAACAUUUCACAUCACCUGGUACAUGGUUACAGAAACAUGUUUUGUGAUUUGUGUUUUGAUGUGCUGCCUUUACUCAUAUGCAAAUUAAGAUUAACAAUCCAGGAAAUUACUUAAUCCUUGACAGUUUGGUGAUACAUCCUAAAUAAAGCCUCUUGGAAACUAAAGAGAAUACUAUGCAGUGUAAUUGUGCAUGUGCUCUCUGUUUAGUUUGAAAUUUACAUUAUAUAAACAACAUAAUAAUGGCAUGAGCGCUAAAUGUGAUGCAUGGUUACUAUUUUAACAUAUUCCAGCAACUUUGUUUUUUUUCUUGAUCUUUAUUUGUGUCUUGUGUGAUGCACAGCUUUUAUUCGAGGAAUUACUGUAUAUGUUAUUUUUAAAGCAGACUGUCUUCAGUGUAUUCAGUUAUUUUGAACUGUGGUUAAAGAAGGACAUAAAGCUUAAAGUUUCAUUUUAGUUCACCAUUCAGUUCCCUUCAGUUAAUGUGCAAUAAGAAGUUCACCACACAAACUGAUUCUGACCUGUUUCUCUAACUAAAGGAAUAAAAUCAUAAUGUCAAUAAUUCACCAAACUGAAUUCUGUCCAAAUGCAAACUACUGAUAUUGUCAUACUUAUGUCAUGCAUACAACUCAUCAUAACUACACUGAGGUCAUAAUAAGUAACUGUAAAGGAAUUAAAGGAUAACACAGCCCUUAAAAACAUUUACAGUUGUAGGUAGGGUUGCCACUUUUGAAGUUUUUAAAUAAGGGACACUUAAAUGGGGCCCUAUGGUUAGGGCCCGGGAUCAUGGCCCUUAACUACAUCCUCCACAGUUUUAGCAAUAAAUGCAUUGAGUUAAUAUGCGUUAUUAAUAAAAAUUGUAUAUCCUUUCUUAUAUGCUAAAAUGAGAACU